CAAGUCGAGGCUGGGGCGGACUUUGCCGGAUUUCCUUAGCGGUACUAAACCGAAAGUGCUGUCAAGAGAGCUACACCGUGUCCAAAAGGAUGAAGAUUGAUAUACAUAGUCACAUUUUACCAAAGGAAUGGCCCGAUUUGAAGAAGAGGUACGGCUACGGUGGCUUUGUCCAGCUUCAGCAUCACUGCAAGGGUGAGGCGACGAUGACGAAGGACGGCAAGCUGUUUCGUGCGGUUCAAGAAAACUGCUGGGAUGCCGAGGCGCGGCUGCGAGACAUGGAUCGACACGGAGUCACGCUUCAAGCCCUUUCCACCGUUCCUGUCAUGUUCAACUACUGGGCCAAGCCACACGACACCUUGGAUCUCUGCGUGCUUUUAAAUAAUGAUUUGGCGCAGACGGUGCGUAGCCAUCCCAAAAGGUUCGUGGGUUUGGGAACGCUGCCCAUGCAAGCCCCCGACCUCGCCGUGCUGGAAAUGCGGCGCUGCGUGAAGGAGUUGGGUUUCCCCGGCGUGCAGAUCGGCUCGCAUAUCAACAACUGGGACCUCAACUCGGCCGACCUCCAUCCUUUCUUCGCCGAAGCCGAGGAGCUGGAUUGCUCCAUUUUUGUCCACCCCUGGGACAUGCAGAUGGAUGGAAGGAUGGCUAAGUAUUGGCUGCCAUGGCUGGUGGGCAUGCCCACAGAGACAACAAUGGCUAUUUGCUCCAUGAUUUUUGGAGGUGUCCUUGAGAGAUUUCCAAAGCUGAAAGUCUGCUUCGCUCAUGGAGGUGGCUCCUUUCCAUUCACCAUUGGUAGAAUUGAACACGGCCACAAAGUUCGGCCCGACUUGUGCGCCGUGGACAACAAGUCCAAUCCCCGGAACUACCUGGGUUCCUUUUACACCGACUCCCUCGUGCAUGAUCCGGUCUCGCUGAAGUUGCUAACUGACGUCAUUGGAAAAGAUAAAGUGAUGCUUGGAACGGAUUACCCGUUCCCGCUGGGUGAGCUCCAACCAGGAUCUCUGAUUGAGUCCAUGGAGGAAUUUGAUCAAACGUUAAAGGACAAGCUACUAGCUGGGAAUGCACUGGAGUUUUUGGGCCUCAAAAGAGAACAAUUUGAGUAACAACAUAGACUCCAACAUCUGAGAAAAAAACAUCUGUGUUGUUGUUUAUGCUUGCUUCAGCAGUCAUUUUAAGGAUUAAAUUCCAAAGGUUUUUCUGAAUUGUAACGUCCGAGAAAGGAAACCACCGUACAGCAAAACAAAAAUCCACCCAUUAUCUGUACCGCUUGUCCCCAGUUUAUCUAAAUAAAAAGAUACAAUGGGCUGUUUUAUUGCAUAAACUUAAAGAUUCAUCAUACCCAAUUUUGUUAACUGUAUGUGAAGUUUUAAUGAUCAAUAAAAGACUAACCCAAAGUGGU